AUGUAUGGGGAUCUGGCCAAUAAGUUGGUUGCUGACGCUAAAAGAUUCUCCAAUUUGCCAAGUGUACCAAUCUAUCAGGCUGACUUGGUUAAGGACAUCGUUAAAGAAAUUAACGAUUUGAAUCGAGAUGCAGAAUACUUGUCAACAAUUGAGGACAAUAUAAGGGAAGCUCAAGAAGAGGGCAACUCUACACAGCAAGAGGAGGACUACAAGAUUAAUCAAUGCCAAACAUUCGUAACACAUUUAUCCAUGCGAAGGAAUAAGCGAUGCUUAUUAGCCUAUGAAAAAUUGCGAAGCGAUAAGCUUAUUGAAUUUGCGUGGUUGAAUAUCGAUCCUGCAGAGCCAAUUACUCAAUCAGCGCCCUCUUCGUCAUCAUCCGGGACUGACACAGCAACAAAUACUGGAGCCCCCUCUUUGCCAAAUAGUAAAGCACUUCUUCCACAAUCGAAGACGAUCCCCAAUUAUACUACCCAAUUGGACAUGAACAAUUUGAAUCACUUUGAACAAGAUUUCUACAAAAACUAUCAAAAUUUAAUAACAAAUUACAAGCUGAAAUUUGGUGAAUAUUUGGACUUGACGGGUGAUCUACAACCUCCAACUGAUAUAUUCAUUGAUGUGAGGUGUUUAAAAGAUGGUGGUGAUGUUACAACUGAGUAUGGUUCAUUCAACUUGAUUAAGGACUCUCAGUUUUACGUUAGGAAAAGUGACGUCGAAAGAUUGAUCCAACAAGGUUAUUUAGAAGAAAUAUAG